UUGGGCGCGGGUGCCGCUCGCAGUCGGGGGUGGCAACGGCCUCGGGCGCCAUGACUGGCGGCAUCGAGAACGCGGCGUUCGAGACUCCCAGCCCCAGCUUCGGCCGCCAGCGCUCCUGGAGCCCCGCCGGCUCCGAUGCCAGUGCCCGCGCCCGUGCCCAUGCCCAUGCCCCUUCUCCCUCCGAUCUCGACUUUGAGGAGGGGCCCUGCGGGUGGGGCGGCUGCACCCCGGAGGCUCUGCAGCUCUGCAACAACCCCGAGGGCUACCUGGCUGUGUACAGCCUGCUGGCCACCUUCCAAGGUAUUGUGGUAAAUGGCCUGGUUAACAUUAGUAUUUCAACAAUUGAGAAGCGUUAUGAGUUGAACAGUUCCCUGACUGGCUUGAUCUCUGCAAGCUAUGACAUUUCUUUUUGCAUGUUGUCACUGUUUGUAUCUUUCUUCGGAGAAAGAGGGCACAAACCACGAUGGCUUGCUUUCUCAGCAUUUAUGCUAGGACUGGGCUCCCUUGUGUUUUGCUUACCACACUUCAGUGUUGGAAAAUACCAUUAUGGAGCUAAACCUGAAGACACAUGUCAAGCUCCAGAAGCCAUGUCUGCUAAUGUAACUUGCAAUGCCAGCACAAAGUCUUUGCAUCAUAAGUAUAUGUAUGUCUUCAUUCUGGGACAGCUGCUGCUGGGAGUUGGAGGAACUCCGCUAUAUACUUUGGGAACAGCUUUUAUUGAUGAUAGUGUCCCAAAACACAAGUCCUCCCUUUAUAUAGGAAUUGCCUAUGCCAUGUCUCUGCUGGGUCCUGCUAUUGGAUAUGUUGCAGGAGGGCAGCUGCUUAAUGUUUAUAUUGAUAUCCAGAUCCCAGAAAGUACAAAGGUGGAUCAAGAUGACCCACGUUGGCUUGGAGCAUGGUGGAUAGGAUUUCUUGCAUGCUUUUUUGCAAUUUGGCUUCUUAUAAUACCUUUUUCAAUGUUUCCAAAGCACCUCCCAGGAACAGCAAAAAUACAGGCUGAAAAAGUCUCUGAAACUCAUGAUGAUGGAAGUGAAGCCCUGGUUCGGAUAAAGAAUAUUGGAAAAAAUUUUAAAGACUUUCCUGUAUCUCUUCUGAUACUGUUGAGGAAUCCAGUGCUUAUGUGUCUAAUAAUAGCCAGUUCUUCAGAAGCUUUAGUUACCACUGGAUUUGCCACAUUUCUACCGAAGUUUAUAGAAAAUCAGUUUGGAAAGACGUCGAGUUUUUCAGCAACUCUUGGAGGACUUGUGUUAGUUCCAGCAGCAGUACUAGGCCAAGUCAUAAGUGGCAUCUUGGUUUCCAAGUGCAAAAUGAAUUUGAGAAGCAUAAUCAAGUUCAUGAUAAGCACUUGUUCAGUGGCCCUGCUAUUAAACACAGUGUUUUUAUUUGCCAAAUGCAGGAAUGAACCUUUCGCAGGUGUUUCUGAAACAUAUAAUGGAACAGGCACGCUGCAUAACUUAACAGCACCAUGCAACGCUAACUGUGGAUGUUUGCGCUCUAUGUACUACCCAGUGUGUGGCAGGGAUCGAGUUCAAUACUUUUCUCCGUGUUUUGCAGGAUGCAAAUCAUAUCUUGUUGAUAGCAACAUGACAAAGAUAUACCAAAACUGUUCCUGUGUUGGGGAACCAAAAAGCGAAAAUGGUUCAGAAGACUUUCUCUUUGAAGCUAUCUCUGGGAAAUGUCCAACACAAUGCAAAUUUUUGCCUUUAUUCUUGACGAUCUUCUUUUUUGCUGUUGUUUUUACCUUUAUGGCUGUUACUCCAACAACUGUGGCCAUUCUCAGGUGUGUGCCACAUAAACAGCGGUCAUUUGCUCUUGGAGUACAGUUAGUGUUUCUACGACUACUGGGUACUAUUCCUGGGCCAAUUUUGUUUGGAGUUUCUAUAGACAGCAGCUGUACGCUGUGGGAUAUUGAUGAAUGUGAAACUAAAGGAGCCUGCUGGAUAUAUGAUAAUGAAAGAGUAGUUUAUCUGCUGAUGGGCAUGAGUGCUGCCUGCAAAAUCAUCACAAUCAUCUUUGUGGUCCUGGCAGUGUAUUUCUACAAGCCUCCACCACAGAAUAACGCACUGUCACCAAAGGAUGCAGAAAUGGUAUCUGCUGUACACACAUGAACUAUAAGCAAAUCAGGGACUUUUGAAAAAAACCAAUAAGAAUAAGCACUUUUACAACAGUUGUACCAAAGUUCUUGUACACCCUUGACUGAAUAUGAAAGAUCACAUUAAACAUCUGAACAGCUUAAAAUAUUUGUGAACCUGUAGUGUUCGCUGAUUUGCUAAACAUUGCUUAGUAUUCCAUUGUGUAUAUGCAAAGAAAUGACACUUUAUUUGCAGUUUAAUUUAAAAAGUCUAGUGUGUAACUUAAUUGAAACAAGUUGCAUA